UGUUCUUCCUUGUUCUUACACCAACAUCUCGGAUCCAUCCAAUGGUAGAAAUGAAAGUCGCUCUGGUGCUCGUCAGCGUGUUCUUCACUAAAGCUCUAGCGCUGCAGUGUUCCGAUUGCUUUGCGCAUUUUCCUGAGACGUGUAAUAGAACCUUGGAAUGUCCAACCGAUGUCUGUAACAGCGUCGCUGCCACCUUUAGCCUGGGUGGCGUACAGGUGGAGCACAGGGUGAGAGCUUGCCUGCCGUCGGUCUUUUGCGCCAAAGGGAGAAUAAACACAGGGUUUCUGAGCGCGACCAUCAACUCCAAAUGCUGCAAGACUGACCUCUGCAAUGACAAAGCACUGCCAGCUUUACCGAAACAGCCUCCCAAUGGGAAGAAGUGCUGCACUAAUGACAACUGCUCAGAAACCGUGAGCUGCGAGGGGGAUGAGGAUCACUGUAUUAAAGGAACAGCUGUUCCAUUUGUUUUCAGGGCUUCUCUGAAAGGAUGUGCAAGCAAGAGCAUCUGUGAGCGGCUCAAGUCUAUUCUAGAACACUUUAAUAUGAUGGCAGAUAUCAAGUGCUGUAAGGGGAACCUGUGUAACCAGGCGCUUUGAGUGAGGCUCCUCAUGGUGCUGGAGUCUCUGCUUUUCUCCAUCCUCUCUCUCUGAACGUCCUCAGAACUAGUUUGUGCUCCUUUCAGGAAACAGUGAAACUCGAGGACCAGCUUUAAUAGAGAUUUUUAAAUGCCAGCAUCACUGCUGUCCAUGUUUUCUCUACGUUCACUUCGAUCUUGUUAAGCAGUCAGUCUAAAGUGUUGUAUAAACUGCUGCUUUUAGAGAAAUAAAAGCAAUAAACUGUGUAAAGGCUGGUGGUGUAGUCCUGGUCUCUACGGGUCAGUUUAACUGCAUUAAACUGGGUGAGAGGCUUCCUGCCUUCCAAAAUAAGCAAAUAAAUACAAAGACUCUU